ACCCCAAACAACAGUGUGGUUCUUUGCGGUCAGCGUUCAUGCUUCCACAAUCCAUUUGAGCUGUGCGGCGUACAGACCUCUCUUUCGCAUCAUGUUAUUAUGGUAUCCCUCCGCCGCAGUCGCACUAGGAAAGAACCCGAGCAAAACAGUAGGCUAACUAGCGUUUGUUGUCGACGAAUUGUUACUUGAGGAAUCCCGGUCGGAUAUCUCAGAUAUACCUACCGACAGCCUGUCAUUCGUUUGACAAUGAAGUUUCAAUACAAAGAGGAGCACCCAUUUGAGAAGAGACGGUCUGAGGGCGAGAAAAUAAGGAAGAAGUAUCCGGACAGGGUGCCCGUAAGUAGCUGCCUACUAGCUACAGUAACGUUACCCUGAAUGGAUUUGCUUCUCAAUAUGGGUGACUUUGUAGGAAAAGUGUUGAUGUUAGUGAGCCCAAUUACUACAUAACUAACGUUAAAUAAUAUUCCCAGGCCAUGUCAUGUUGUUUGGUUAGGUGCAUUUUCACAACGAUGCCAAAGAACUAGCUAACGUUUGUUAACUAACGGUAAUUGGGCAACAACAAACAAAUGAAAUGGCUUCUAAAAUGGGCCUUGCAUAGCAAGCCACCCUACUUGACGCAGUUUGGUUGGUAGACUUAAGUCAUAAUUAAAUUAUACACUGAAUGGGAAUUUGUUUUACGAGGUAUAGCUAUGUAUGGCAAACUGUCAACAGAUGUUAUUUAUAUUGAGAUUGAGACAGACAUUAUUUCGUUACACAUAGCUAACUAUAACAAUUUAAUUGUAGUUAUGUUUGUUUAAAGGUCCAAUGCAGGCGUUUUUUUAAUUUUAUCUAUCAAAUAAUUUCUGGUUAAGAAUUAAGUAACUACUGUGAUUGUUUUAAAUUAUAAUGGUCAAAAAUAACUUAGCAAAGAACAAUUUUGCUAGGACUGUCUGGGCGGGGCAAACGUACCUUUUAUCAACAAUAAUAGUGAGAUUGCGGCCUGUAAAUCGGGGCGUUCCUGCAUGUGGUCAUUUCUGCAUCUUCAGUUAGCUUCACAUUCAAUCUCAGGCGUAAUCUGUACGACGACGGUGGAUAUUGCUCGUAAACCUGCUGCUAACUCUAGUAUGCUUGUAACUGUGGGUGCAUGUCACACGUGGCUAGCCGAACACUGAACUAUAUUUAUUCAUUUGAGACAAUGCUGAAACAUCAAUUCAUGGGCAAGUCAGUGGCACAUUUUCAUUUAUGUCGAAAACAUUUAUUUCAUUUUGAUAUCUUGCAAAUUCAGCAGGCUUUUAGAAGUGAAAUAGGCUUUUAGAAGUGCAGUCUUUAUUUUAUUACUAAUGCCAUCUUUGGUGUGCUUAUCAAUGCACAAGCAUCUUUUUCCCCUCUUAUUUAUAUAUAUAUAUAUUGUAAUUAAGUCAUACAGGUGUUACAUUACGUUUAGUUUAAAAUGCAUUCUGUGUUGUAACAUUAAAACAAUUUUACACAAAAAAACUUGAUUAUUAAAAUAUUUAAUCAGUGUUCUUACUAAAAAGGGGAUGGUGCAUCCUUUGCGAGAGGAAGGGAAUUUGAUUCGUUGGUCCUCAACUCACGGCUCAGUCAUUUCAUUCAGGGUAAAUGGAGUUAGCAGUGAGUUAGCCUGCCCGACGCAGGUUAGUUCUGAGGGAUUCGUUGCCAUAGAAAUUUACCUGGCUAAAAGGUGAGCCACUUUCGUAUGACUGGUUAUCCCGAGUUGAACUCUUGAGUUGACCAAAGUUACCUCGCUAACUCCUCAAACCUGCUUCGUAGAAUACCCCUCUGCUGUGUACAGGAGCGGAGUUCUUAGCUAGCUAGCACACAGUGUCCUUCGCUCCCGCUUGCCGAACACCUGCCGUCGUUAACAGAACUGCGGGAAAACAGUGCCAGACCCGCAGGGACAAAGGACACUGUCUACCGGUGUCCUAACUGUCAUUAGCUAGGUACCUAUCCCACCUGCUAUGUACUGGAGUCCUACCUAGCUAGCACCCAGUGGCCUUGUCUGCCAACACAUGCCCUCACUGUCGGUAAUAGAACUGCGGGAAAACAGUGCCUGACAGGCAGGGGCGAAGUACACUGUCUACCGGUGUGCUAGCUACCAGCGUUGUCGCCCCAGCCUCUUCUGUGUGGUUCAGGGCAUAAAAUUAAUACCCGCCAAAUGCGGGUAGAUGUAGGCAUUGGCGGGUAAGAAUGUCUAUUUCACCAGCCAUGUUGGCAGGUGGUCAAUUUGUAGGGCUCAACAGUGUGAGCAUUACAGUCGCAAAUAUAAAGCAAUACUGCCUGGCAGGGGAGCUGUGCGCGAUGAGUGAAGUGCUGAUAGACUUUGUCCUUGUGGUUCUUGGCUAUAUACAUUGUUUUGUUCACAAGCUCUGUUUUUCAACGUUAGUUUGAGUCUGCUGCUUCAACUGAUAGCGAAGAUACGCCCUAGUCAGGUCAUACAUGCGUGACAGGGCUCGAGUGGCCCCAUUACCACGGAACCUCCUGCAUUUAACAAGGCAGCUGAACAUUUUGUCUCUGAUAUUUUGAGUAAAAGAUUCUGGUCACCCCAAUUUUUUUGUGUGCAAAAUACCACAUGUUUUAGAAACAUUACAAAGCAUGCUCAUCUGUUUUUGUGUUUUUUGAUGUAAUUAUGGCAACAACAACAACAUUUGCCUGGUAAAAAAAUCAGUGGCUGGUAGGAAUUUUUUUUUGUUUUUUUAUCUACCUGCCACAGUGGCUGGUGGACCAAAAAGUAAAUUUUAGGCCCUGGUGGGGUUUAUCGGUGGAUGGCGUGUUACCGCCACCUACUGUACUGGAGCGCUCCUGCCUAUGUUUUUUUAUUUAUUUAAUUUUAUUUCACCUUUAUUUAACCAGGUAUGCCAGUUGUGAACAAGUUCUCAUUUACAACUGCGACUUGGCCAAGAUAAAGCAAAGCAGUGCGAUUAAAAACAACACAGAGUUACAUAUGGGAUAAACAAAAACGUACAGUCAAUAACACAAUAGAAAAUCUAUAUACAGUGUGUGCAAAUGUAGUAUGUUAUGGAGGUAAGGCAAUAAAUAGGCCAUAGUGCAAAAUAAUUAUAAUUUAGUAUUAACACUGGAGUGAUAGAUGUGCAGAAGUUGAUGUGCAAAUAGAGAUACUUGGGUGCAAAUGAGCUAAAUAAAUAACAAUAUGGGGAUGAGGUAGUUGGGCUGUGUACAGGUGCAGUGAUCGGUAAGCUGCUCUGACAACUGAUGCUUAAAGUUAGUGAGGGAUAUAAGUGUCUCCAGCUUCAGAGAUUUUUGCAGUUCGUUCCAGUCAUUGGCAGCAGAGAACUGGAAGGAAUGGCGGCCAAAGGAGGUGUUGGUUUUGGGGAUGACCAGUGAGAUAUACCUGCUGGAGAGCAUACUACGGGGGUGGACCAAUGAGCUAAGAUAAGACAGGGAUUUGCCUAGCAGUGAUUUAUAGAUGACCUGGAGCCAGUGGGUUUGGCGACAUAUGUAGUGAGGGCCAGCCAACGAGAGUGUACAGGUCACAAUGGUGGGUAGUAUAUGGGGCUUUGGUGACAAAACUGGAGUCCUAUCUUAAAAAUGUACCAAUAGAAGUGUAAAGAGGGGUUUCUGCAGAUGCAGGAAUGCCCACAUGCAGGACUGCCCUGAAUUGUGGUCUGCAAUUUCACCCUUCUUGCUGUUAUUGGUAGAGGGGUUUGGAACUUUUUCUUAUCGUCUAUUAACUAAUUUACCGCCUGGUGAUGUCACCAGGCAGGCCAAAACUCCAUCCCACCAAAACAGGCUGAAAUUUCAGGUGGUCUUUUCAAACAGCUCUUGCACUAAAAGGACAUCAUUAUUUUCACAGUAUUAUUCCAACCUCAUAGUGCGGAAAUAUACACUAUCAUUCAAAAGUUUGGGGUCACUUAGAAAUGUCCUUGUUUUCCAUGAAAACAUACAUGAAAUGAGUUUGAAUAGGAAAUAUAGCAUAAUGCAUAGGAAAUGUAGUCAUUGACAAGGUUAGAAAUAAUAAUUUUUAAUAUAAACUAAUUGUGUCCUUCAAACUUUGCUUUCGUCAAAGAAUCCUCCAUUUGCAGCAAUUACAGCCUUGCAGACCUUUGGCAUUCCAGUAAUCUGAAGAGAUUUCACCCCAUGCUUCCUGCAGCACCUCCCACAACUUGGAUUGGCUUGAUGGGCAUUUCUUACGUACCAUACGGUCAAGCUGCUCCCACAACAGCUCAAUAGGGUUGCGAUCUGGUGACUGUGCUGGCCACUCCAUUAUAGACAGAAUACCAGCUGACUGCUUCUUCCCUAAAUAGUUAUUGCAUAGUUUGGAGCUGUGCUUUAGGUCAUUGUCCUGUUGUAGGAGGAAAUUGGCUCCAAUCAAGCACCGUCCACAGGGUAUGGCGUUGCAAAAUGGAGUGAUAACCUUCCUUCUUCAUGAUCCCUUUUACCCUGUACAAAUCUCCCACUUUACCACCACCAAAGCACCCCCAGACCAUCACAUUGCCUCCACCAUGCUUGACAGAUGGCAUAAAGCACUCCUCCAGCAUUUUUUCAUUUGGUCUGUGUCUCACAAAUGUUCUUCUUUGUGAUCCGAACACCUCGAACUUCGAUUCAUCUGUCCAUAACACUUUUCCAAUCUUCCUCUGUCCAGUGUCUGUGUUCUUUUGCCCAUCUUAAUCUUUUCUUUUUAUUGGCCAGUCUGAGAAAUGGCUUUUUCUUUGCAACUCUGCCCUGAAGGUCAGCAUCCCGGAGUCACCUCUUCACUGUUGAUGUUGAGACUGGUGUUUUGCGGGUACUAUUUAAUGAAGCUGCCAGUUGAGGACCUGUGAGGCGUCUGUUUCUCAAAUUAGACACUCUAAUGUAUUUGUCCUCUUGCUCAGUUGUGCACCGGGGCCUCCCACUCCACUUUCUAUUCUGGUUAGAGCCAGUUUUUUCUCUUCUGUGAAGGGAGUAGUACACAGCGUUGUACGAGAUCUUCAGUUUCUUGGCAAUUUCUCGCAUGGAAUAGCCUUCAUUUCUCAGAACAAGAAUAGGCUGACGAGUUUCAGAAGAAAGUUAUUUGUUUCUGGCCAUUUUGAGCCUGUAAUCGAACCCACAAUUGCUGAUGCUCCAGAUACUCAACUAGUCUCAAGAAGGCCAGUUUUAUUGCUUCUUCAAUCAGCACAACAGUUUCAGCUGUGCUAACAUAAUUGUAAAAGGGUUUUCUAAUGAUCAAUUAGCCUUUUAAAAUGAUAAACUUGGAUUAGCAAACACAACAUGCCAUUGGAACACAGGACUGAUGGUUGCUGAUGAUGGGCCUCUACGCCUAUGUAGAUAUUCCAUUAAAAAAAUCAGCCGUUUCCAGCUACAAUAGCCAUUUACAACAUUAAUAAUGUCUACACUGUAUUUCUGAUCAAUUUGAUGUUAUUUUAAUGGACAAAACAUUUGCUUUUCUUUCGAAAACAAGGACAUUUCUAAGUGACCCCAAACUUUUGAACGGUAAUGUGUAUAUAAAACAGGAAAAUCACGUUUUUCACUGCACAGGGCCUUAUAAAACAAUCACUAGCUACCAAGCUUGGGACAAUGUUUUCAAAAAGCAAAACCGCAUGACUGUUUACAAAUAGUAAUUUACUUCCAAUGCAAUACUUUGACAGGUUAAUAGAUAGUUGUUAAAGUGUGUGUGUUUUUAAAGAAGUGUAACGUUAGCUACCCUAAAUAGCCUAGAGCGGGUGUCAGUAAGCGGUUCACUUGUUUAUUUCACAUUUAGCCCCUCUAAAGGUGAAUUGUUUACAGUCUACACAGUGUCCCUUUUGUUUUAAAGCCCCCCUUUUGUAAGAUUGUCUUGGGCAGAAAUGACAAUAGAUUCCUUCCUUCAUUUUCAAGGUUUGCUUAAAGCUGCAAUAUGUCACCUUUUGGGCAACAUACCCAAUUCACAUAGAAAUGUGAGUUAUAGAUCUGUAAUUUGCAUUGAAAGCAAGUCUUAAGAAGCAGUAGAUUUGUUCUAUGGCCACUUUCUAUGCUUCCCGUUUUAAGUUUAGUUUUUGCGUCUUUUACUUUUGGUUUUGUACAACAGCAUCAAACAGCUGAAAAAUACAAUUAUUUUUGGUUAUGGAAAAUAUAGUUCCCAGCGGUGUAGAUGGUACAAUGAUUCUCUACACUAUACCUGUUUGUUUUGUCACAAACUGAAAUUAGGUGAGCUAUUAGAAUUUUAGCAACCAGGAAAUGGUGGAGUGAUUUCGGCAUAGUGCAUCUUUAAGUAAGAACCUUUGUGCAGAUAAUCCUAGCCAGGUCAAAAUGUCCUCCAGGUCCUAUCCAAAUGAAAGACCGAGACAACCCAGGGCUCUCCAACCCUGCGCCUGGAGACUGACCGUCCUGUGCGUUUUCACUCUAUCCCUAAUCUAGCGCACCUGAUUCUAAUAAUUAACUGGUUGAUGAACUGAUUCAGGUUAGUUACAAGCUCUCCAGGAACAGGGUUGGAAAGUCCUGGUGUAAACAAUCUGUAAAUAGACUUAGUGUAGGUUUUAUGCACUGAAUACUGGCCUUGGAUGGAGCACAGUGAAGUGUUCUUUUUCUGGGAGAUUUGGGUCUCUAUUCAAUCCGUAUCAUGGAAGUUCAGUGUUACAGAGUGAUUGAAAUUAAAGGCAAUGUUCCUGCGUUAGCGGAGACUGCAUUCACGGUAAACACUGCAUAUGAUGACGCGAUCUGAAAUUAACUUUACAUUUCUAUUGCGCAAUCUGUGAUGCUUCAGCAAAACAGAUUGAAUAGAGCCCUUGGUUGGAUUUCAGCCCCCCCAACUAAAGAAUUCUGUCUUGUAGGUACUUGCUACUAGGGCUGUGUGGAAAACCAACUUGUCUGCUAGACAUCAGCAAAAUAGACAUCCGCACAGUGCGUGACUCAACCACAGGUUAAGAUGGCAUAACUGACCUUUUUUACCAAGUUGUUUUGUUUAUCGAGCUUGACCAGAGGAAGAAGUGACGCGAAAGGUUUCACUCUGCCCAAAAUCUUUCCAAUGCUUACCUAUUGGCUUAUUUUGGACCUAAGCUUGUCGCCUGCCUUCCAGCCUUUGAGACAACAACUCCCAUUGUUAGUGCGGCGACAUGCAUAUCUCGUCAUUAUAUACAGAUCUCUGGCUUGUCAGAGCAGUAGACUCAAAAUGGAGAAGCAUUUAAUAAUCCCACGUCAAUGCGCCAUAAUGGUUUCUGAAAAUCACCUCGCACAAUGAGGGAUCAGUGGGUUUAAAAUAUUGAUUAUUUUCCUCGAAAUGUGACGCGAACAAGCUUGAAUUGCGCAAUCGUAUGUGACCAAGUUAUUAUACCAGUUUUUUUACAUUGUUGGACACAUUAGCCACACAAUAUUUAGGCCUUUACUAAAUGCUUUUUUCCCUUGUAAUUGUAGGUAAUUGUGGAAAAAGCCCCCAAAGCAAGGAUAGGAGAUCUGGACAAGAAGAAAUACCUUGUGCCCUCCGACCUCACAGGUAGGUAACCAGUUAUUACGGUUAUGUGCCACCCAUGUAUCACAAACCCAUACCACUCUCUUCAGAACUUUAAUAGUUCAAUUCCUUUCCCUCUACUACAGUGGGCCAGUUCUACUUCCUCAUCCGAAAACGAAUCCACCUGCGGGCCGAGGACGCCCUAUUCUUCUUUGUAAACAACGUCAUUCCUCCCACCUCAGCCACCAUGGGCCUGCUAUACCAGGUAUGACUCCUCCCCUCUCACCCGCUCCCCUCUCACACACUUUUCUGCUGCUUGUUCCUAUGAGGAUUGGGGAUGCCAUUCAGGGAAGCCUCCCCCUCCCUCUGUUUUGUCAUCUCAUACCAACACCUCUAUAUUGCUCUCUUUCAGGAGCAUCAUGAAGAGGACUUUUUCCUCUACAUUGCCUACAGUGAUGAGAGUGUCUAUGGAGACAGCCAAACGGAAGUCUGAACCCCUCCCCCGAUCUCCAUUGAAAUGUUAUAUCCAGCUCAUCAGCCUAGUUCCCCGAGCGAAGACGUCAGAUGCACUUUCACUCCCCCUCCUUCCCUCAUCCCUCCAUUUUUACCUCUUUAAUACUCUUCGCACAGUCUGAAUUUUAUUUGCCUCCGGGUCUCCGAGAUGGGGAUUUCGGUUGAAUGGUCCCGUGGCCAGUUUUCGUAGUGCUUUGAUCAUGCUGAAACGGAUAGAGGAGAGAUGCCAUUUUGAAAUUAGUGUUAGAAUUAGACCAUAUUAACAGUAAUUAUAAAGCUACGUGGAAAAUAAAACAUGUAACCUUUGGAUCUAGCGUGAUAGGUUAAAUUCUGAUCCAUUUGGCAAUGAUAAAAUGUCAUGUUUUACUAAUGUAGUAGCGCUGGUAAGAUAUUCUGACGACGUAGUGUAUUUGACGUCUGACGAGUAGAAUAGAAUUCCGACUGAACAGUCAUCUUCCCUCUGUCUCCGCUUUCAGUGGUAAAAAAUAUAAUAUUAUUUGGAUUUGAUUACUAUUAUGAUUAUGUUGUUAUUAUUGUACUUAUUGUAAUUUUGAUGCUUCAUUUCUUUAAAGUAUUGUAAAGCUCAGUGCAAUUUUACUUUUUAAAAGUUUUGUUCUACUUUAAAAAAAAGUUUGAACUCGGUAUAUAGCUGUGUUACUGGCACUCUCCACUUAUGAUCAUACAUGAUAAAAUGUGAUAAAAAGCCAA